GGGUCUCUGGUUCAAGAACAGGAUCUGCUGUUAGCUUCUAGCCGUGGCUGUGAGGGAAAUAAGGCCAGUCAAGAUGCAAACGUCUCUCGUGCACAUCGUUUUAUUUUCAUCUCUGCAGGUUUUGUUGUCUUUGUCGUGCUUUCAAGAUGUCGUCGAAGCAGCUAGCGGGAAAGGGUUUGGAGAUAACAUUCACUGGAGGACGCUGGAUGAUGGCAAGAAAGAAGCCGACGCCAGCGGGCUGCCAAUCAUGCUCAUCAUCCACAAGACCUGGUGUGGAGCCUGCAAAGCACUGAAGCCCAAAUUCGCUGAGUCCAAGGAAAUCUCUGAACUCGCACACAACUUUGUUAUGAUCAACCUCGAGGAUGAGGAGGAGCCAAAGGAUGAUUCCUUCAGCCCCGAUGGUGGAUACAUUCCUCGGAUUCUUUUCCUUGAUCCCAGCGGUGAAGUCCAUCCUGAAAUCACCAACAAAAAUGGGAAUCCCAACUACAAGUACUUCUACAGCAACGCAGACCAAGUCGUGUCCGGUAUGAAGGAGGCGCAGGAGAAGCUGACGGGCGACUCCUUCAAGCAGGGUCACACCGGAGACGAGCUGUGAGGAGGCGGAGACGGGCAUCGGGCUGUAAGGGCUACACUUCCUCUACCUGAGCUUCAGAGCGCCCCGGUACACUCCCAAACUUUUACAAAAUAUACUUUAGAACCAAACCAAGUCAACCAUUAAAAUCGGUGCUUGAGAAUUUCUUUCUGUCUUAUAUAUAUUUUUUUUUUUUUCCAACACGACUAUUCGUUUUCCUGUCUUUGUUUUACAACAUGUAUAUCUGUACUCUACUGUUAAAUGCCAUGUACUGUACUUACUGCCUGUAGAGGAUAUAACCAACUCAAGCUAGCCAAGUUAACAUCAGUAACUCUCAUUUUCAUACACCGCUGUUGGAUGGAAACUUCACAUCUGGAAAAUGCCAAGUUUAAGUAAAUUGCCUUGUAUGUCACUAGACAACUGUGAUACGAGUCAUUUUGAGUUUCAAACACCUCAGAGUCAAAACUUUGUAAUUCACUUUAUCCAGUAGAGUUUUCACCCAACAGCCAUGAUAACGUACUCCAUGUUAGACCAGAUCAAUAGUCCAACACCUACAGUCAUGUGCUUCCAAAGAUCCUCGGCAGAAUGUUAAUUAUCUGUGACAAUAUUUCCCAUGCACUACAACAUGGGCUCUUUACUUAUUUCUAAUAUCGACAAUCUUAAAUAAUUCUUUCAAACCUGCCUAUGUAUACUAAUUUAGUUAUAUCUACACCAUUUGUUUUUUUUCCUGUUUGUUUUGCUGCUCGUGAAGUGAUGCAUCGUGAUGUCUUUCUUUUACCGUCCUUGUGAACGAGGGAUGGAAACAUUGGUGUCUAGAUGUAUUUUAUACAUGUACACAGCCAAGUGUGCAAAUAAAGUUUGUUGUACUGA